UUCAUGACACAUCUUUAGUCCGCCCAGUAUUGAGCAUUCCUCCUGGCUUCCUGAAUUGAAUUUCUUGUCGGAGAGGGUCCAACAUCACUGUACCACCAGUUAUGUUGUUUUCCGGACUGUCUUGAAAUAAAGUGCCUUCUUGACCUCCAAAUUGCUGUCAGAAUGUCAUCCAUAGACCCCUAUCAGUACAUCAUAGUUGAGCAUCAGUAUUCUCAUAGAUUGAAAGUGAUUGUGGUGAGAGCUGAAAAUGUGACUAAAGGAGCAUUUGGUGAUUUAUUGGACACCCCAGACCCUUACGUGGAACUGUCAAUUCCAACCACACCAGAGUCAAGGAAACGAACACGCCACAUAAAUAAUGACAUUAACCCGAAGUGGAACGAAACUUUUGACUUUGUAUUGGAUCCCAAUGUACCCAAUGUUUUGGAGAUGACACUGAUGGAUGCUAAUUAUGUAAUGGAUGAAACUCUGGGCACAGCUAAAUAUUCCCUCACAAAGCUCAAAGUGGGGCAUACAGAGCAAGUGGCCCUCUCUAUCGGCAAGACGACCAAAGUGUUCCUCGACUUGUUCUUAGAAGUGUGUUCGUCCACAGACUUGCGCUUCAGCAUGGCACUGUGUGAUCAGGAGAAGCUUUUCAUGAAGAAGCGCAGGGACAGAGUUAUGCUCAGCAUCAAGAAGCUUCUCAAAAUGGAAAACCCACGCUUCCUUCCAGCCUCACCGAGAGAGGUUCCCACUAUCGCCAUAGUGGGCUCUGGAGGGGGUUUCCGUGCGAUGGUGGGCUUCUCUGGUGUGAUGAAGGCUCUGUAUGAAUCGGGGGUGCUUGACUGUGCAACAUACAUGGCAGGACUUUCUGGAUCAACGUGGUAUAUGUCCAUGCUGUAUUCGCACCCUGAGUUUCCUGCGAAAGGCCCAGUGGAUAUUAAUAAGGAGCUGAUGACCAGGGUCAGCAAUAACCCACUCAAACUGCUCCUGCCCCAAAAUGUCAACCGGUACGUCAAAGCACUGUGGAAGAAGAAAUCGGCCGGACAGCCUGUCACCUUCACUGACAUCUUCGGGAUGUUGAUAGGAGAGACUCUCAUUCCUGCGAGAAUGGACACUAAACUGAGCGCCUUGCAGGGAAAAAUUAAUGAAGGUCAGAGCCCGAUGCCUCUCUUCACCUGUCUGCACGUCAAACCUGAUGUCUCUGAGCUCAUGUUUGCUGACUGGGUGGAGUUCACCCCAUAUGAGAUUGGCAUGGCCAAAUAUGGCACCUUCAUGUCUCCAGGACUGUUUGGGAGCAAGUUCUUCAUGGGCUGUGUUGUGAAACAAUAUGAGGAAAACCCCUUACAUUUCCUCAUGGGUGUAUGGGGGAGUGCUUUCUCCAUCCUCUUUAACCGGGUUCUGGGGGUGAAGGAGACAACCAGCAGUAGCACAAUGGAGGAGGAGAUGGAGCAAAUUAAGCCAGAGCAUAUUGUGGGUGAUGAUUCAGCAGAUAAUGAUGAGGAAACUCAAAGAGGAGGCACGGAGUCCGCAGAGGCAGAAGAUGAGCGGCAGCGUCAUGCUCAGGCUAGCUGGGGUCAGCGCAUGUUGACCUCCAUUAUGGGGGACAGCACCCUGUUCACCACACGUGAGGGCCGUGCCGGCAAGGUGCACAAUUUCAUGCUGGGACUCAACCUGAACUCUUCCCUACCCUUCUCUCCCUUCAGCAACCUCAUGAGCCAGACCUCUGUGGAUGAGGAGGUUGAUGCUGUUACAGAUCCUGAUGAGUUUGAUAGAAUCUAUGAGCCUCUAGAUGUGAAGAGUAAAAAAAUCCAUGUGGUGGACAGCGGGUUGACCUUUAACCUUCCCUAUCCUCUCAUUCUGCGACCUCAGAGAGGAGUUGACCUAAUCAUUUCCUUUGACUUCUCAGCCAGGCCCAGUGACUCCAGCCCGCCAUUUAAAGAAUUACUGUUGGCUGAAAAAUGGGCCCGUAUGAAUAAGCUGCCAUUCCCCAAGAUCGAUUCAAAAGUAUUUGACCGAGAGGGUCUGAAAGAGUGCUAUGUGUUCAAACCCAAUAAGGGAGAAAAGAACUGCCCCACCGUCAUUCAUUUCGUCUUGGCCAACAUCGACUUUCGGAACUUUAAAGCCCCAGGAGUUCCUAGAGAUUCAGACAAGGAUAUAGAGUUUGGCGACUUCGACAUAUUUGACGAUCCAGCCUCUCCCUUCUCUACUUUCAACUUCAAAUACUCCAACCAGGCCUUCAAGAGGCUUCAUGACCUAAUGGAGUUCAACACACUCAACAACAUUGAGGUCAUAAAAGAGGCUAUUAAAGACAGCAUUCUGCGGAGACGAGAGAACCCAUCAUGCUAUACGGUUUCCCUUUCCCUCAAUGAAAUUGAAAACAAGAAGUUCCUGAAACGGGAUACCAGCUUUGCAAAAUGACACGCCUAACAGAUAGCUAUGCAAACAGCUAUACGCAAAAGCCUUCACAUGUGAGACGGCAUUGGUCCACUGGUGCUUGAUGGGAGUCAGUGAGCAGAUUCCUCAGAAAAGACUGGAUUGACCUUAUUACAGGGUCAUUUUUAUGUUGCAUUCCAGAAGACUUUGAAUUUUCCCACCUCUUACUUGAAAUUAACCACUGGAAAGAAUUAAUA